UCAACAAUUCUUUACACAGGUCAGACUCAMAGCMACAAAUKGAAAAGGUCCCUCACGAGAAGAUCUUAUUCAGCUCCUGUUAUUAAUGUUUUUCCAAGUUCCAUGACCGUAACAGAAGGAGACACUGCCAGUUUGUACUGCCAAGCCACAGGAAACCCGCAGCCAAUAAUGAAAUGGGAAAAAUUGAAAUCUUCCCUKCCAUURGGSAGAUAUUCUAUGCAAACCUCUGGACAAGGUGUUCUAUURCUAWUACGUAACGUGAAACUCAGUGACCAGGGRAAGUAUCAAUGCAAAGCUAAAAAUACUGCACAGGGACAAGCUACAGCGUUCGCUACACUAACUGUCAAAGCUAAGCCAGUCCAGAUUCCUGUCCUGAUAACCAAGACUCCAGAGUCAAUUAUCACCAAAGAAGGGGAAAACGUAACGUUURCAUGUGAUGCGACCGGGAUUCCUGUGCCAACAGUAACAUGGUCAAAAGCAUUCUCUACUGAAAAUUCAUCUAUCGGACACUCACAGGAGCGCAAAGCCAGACCUGGAAAGCYAGACAUUUUAUYAUCUACUCUAACGCUUGUCAAUGUGACGGSAAACGACAGUGGACUUUAYGUGUGCAAAGCAGAGAAUCWGAUGAAUUCUGUUACGAGAUGGGCGCAGUUGAUGGUAGUUCGYCCACCGGUUUUCCAAUUUACUACUAAACCUCCACCAGAAUACACAGCUAUAGAAGGUCACCAAAUCGYUCUUCMCUGCCAAGCCAGKAACGCUGAAUCGAUUCKCUGGACAUCUUCAAAUAAGAAGUUAGUAGGGCGAGCUGUGCAGCAUAGCAAUGGMACCCUUGUGAUACCUAUAGUCACACCUAAAGAUCAUGGAGUAUACACUUGUCAAGCCCWGCGAAGUGCAUUUGGUUCAGUGCUGCWAACGAUCACAGCUUCAACACACUUGAUGGUUAUAGAAAGCAGCCAUGGCUUGGAACACUCCAGCCUUCUUCGCAUGUAUCCUGCCAGAUACACCCAAACACUAAUAGGUUACUUGGGUCCUGUUUUACAAAGCCGUACAAGUCGUUGGGUGAAGUGUUGGCAUGCUAYAAAUGAUGGCUGGGACGUACUCAAGAAGUUCCACGCCCAAUGUGAUCAUAAGGGCCCAACUGUGACGAUAGCACAAUACCGUGAUUAUGUGUUCGGUGGCUACACGGAUACCAACUGGAAAACCACGGGUGGGUAUGCUGGAGAAUCAACAUUCAAGUCGUUCCUGUUCUCAUUGUCAAACAUCCAUGGCUUUCACCCUGUYAAGAUGAUUCUCCGAGGGUACGACAACUACGAGGCAAUUUACAACAGUAAGUUCUUCGGUCCACGGUUUGGCGCUGGCACCGACAUGAAAUUGGUACGUAAUUCAUGGUAUACCAAAGAGUCCUACAUGAGACCAAGUACGUACUUUUCUCCUCCGGGGUGCGAGAUUGACAAAUAUUGCACGUUCUAUACGGGUACACAAUAUUUUAGACCUUAUGAUAUUGAGGUGUUUUAUGAAGUAACAAACUAACUCUGAGACMUUUCUGAGAUAGCAGUUUUGCACUGCAUUGUGGUCUAGAUUCGGUACAAACAUCUUUUGUUCAUGCAGACAAAUAUGGCGUUGAUUGUAAUGAAGCUAGACCACAACGCACCAUGAUUUUGUMUUUCAGAAAAGGUCUAUUUACAUUCAACUAAUAAAUAAAAGCGAUUGGUCGUUUUAGCAAUAAAAUAUAGCAAUAAAACUAGGUGUGACUAGCGACAGGAGUGGGGAAUGCCAUAUAAGACAUGAAUUGUCAUGUUAGAGUAGCCAUUGAUUAGUGUUUAAUCAUGCUAAGUUUAUGAAAAAUGUAGCWGUGACAAUAGAGCGGAUUUUGUAUGACUGUGCAACAGCACGGAUCACAACACGGACACGGCAUGGGAACCUCGCCUUCUAGUAUUCCAAAUAAAAAUAUAAAUUUAACAAUACAUCACCGCUACGGCACGGUACGGUCACAGCGCGAAAGUACCGAGUUUUUUGCACAGUCAUACGAAAUCCGCUCUAGGUACAUGUAGCAUCAAAUGUAUUGUAACAAAAACGUUUUUUUUUAAUGGAAAUAAAACUUGUUUAUGCCAUUGCAA